AGACGCUGCGCGCGGCUUCGUUCCGCUCAUUUCCUCUCUGUAACGCUGUUGCGGAGACGCCGCUGCUCCGGGAUUCAACAAUAACCUACUCCAAUAACACGCAACAACAACAUGGAACCGAAAUGAACAAAUAGACACAUAGAAACCGCAUCGAAAUCCUUUUUAUUUGUGUCUUUUUUCCUCUUUAUAUUGGGUUACCAGGAGGCCUGCGGAUGGUGAGAGCGGAGUGAGAGGUCGCGAAAGAAAGUGCCAGCCGGCUUCACCAUGCAGGGGAACAGAGGCCCCGGGCGUCUUCCCCAGUUAGUGACUCCGUCCAACGGGUCGACACCAUACAACAUGACCCGGGUCGUUCCUGUGAGGUCUCCUCCCCCUGUCAAGGCCUUGCCUCCGCCACCAGCACGUCUGAAACCGUUAGCUGUGGCACCAGAGCAACCACCUGCCAUUCAACCCCCGGAUUUCCAGAAUCGGCAGAAGAGGAAAAACACGUACAUCUGCACCGGAGUCUUUUUCAGCAUGUUCUUCUUCGUGCUCAUUCUUUAUCUCUGCCUGAGCCCUGGCCAAGUCCUCGACGAGAACUGUCCUGACCACAACCUGAAACUGAGGAAAUGGAACCCGGGACACAUCCCAAAAAAGGAUAUGGUGGUACACAAGGGACAACUGUACAAAUUGACAGCGUCGGCCACCUUCCACUCCCUGACCAUCAAAUCGGGUGGGUUGGUGGUGUUUGCUGAUAAUCAAGACGGUUCAAACAACAUUACUCUUCGUACCCACUAUGUAUUAAUCGAAGGAGAGGGUGCGCUUCACAUCGGUGCCCCGAAGUGUCGAUAUCGAUCCCACGCCACCAUCACGCUGGUGGGCCGUUCGGACGACGCCUCGGUUCCAGCUGUGCCCCAUUUCGGACGCAAAUUUGUAGGCGUGCUUCCGGGGGGCACUCUGGAGCUCCAUGGAGUGCAGCGGCCAUCCUGGACUCUACUCACACGCACUGUACCUGCCACGGGCCUGGAAGCAGGCAGCUACGUUUUCCAGAAGAACUUCAGUCGAGGGAUCAACAUUCGUGUAGUGGACCAGGACACCGGUGCUUUGUUAAAGUUUCCCGACCGUUUCGACACACACGACUCGCUGAAUGACAGCAAAAGUCUGAACCAGAUGCUGCAGUUGCUGCCAAAGGGUCGCAUAGUUGCUCUCGCUGUGGGUGACUCGGCUGCCAAGAACCUCGAGAAGGAUACCAGGGAUACCAUCCAGAAGCUUCUGGGCAGCCACUACGUUGGCCAGCUUAAAUACAGGCAGGCGUGGGCGCUGGUGUCGGUGGUCGGUGAAGGAAACAGCUUGUGCUCGGAGGACGUACGGGAGCACGAGAACCACGACACCGGGGGAAAGGCGCUGGCCCGUUGCGAAUUCAUCACCGUGGAUGGCGGGCGCUUUUUUGUGUCGGCCUACAGCGAGUGGUGGAAUGGCUUCGCCACAUCGGGAUUCCAGGUGGACGUGGUGGACCAGAUGGUGCUGAACGUGCAGGACAAUGUGAGCAGCUGGAAACCAGGAGACAGGAUCGUGGUCGCCAGCACGGACUAUUCCAUGCACCAGGCUGAAGAGUUCACACUGCUGCCCUGCCCCCACUGCACUACAACACAGCUCCGCAUACAAGGCAAGCCUCAGUUCACUCAUAUGGGCGAAAUCGUGGAUGGUGUGGACAUGCGUGCUGAGGUGGCUCUGCUCUCCAGGAACAUCUUGAUUUACGGAGAGAUGGAGAGCUCCUGCUACGGCAACAACUGGUGUCAGUUUUACAGCUAUGACACCUUCGGAGGACACAUCAAGAUCCUGGGGAAUGUCUCCUCAGUGCACAUCUCUCAGGUGGAGCUGAAGCACAUGGGUCAGCAGGCGGAAAGGGACAGCCACCCAGUCCACUUCCACAUGUGUGGAGACGUGGACGAGAGCCACGCCUACCUCGACUCGCUCUCCAUCCACCACUCGUUCUCCCGCUGCGUCUCCAUUCAUGCCACUAACGGCCUGCUGGUGAGGGACACUGUGGGAUACGACACGCUGGGACACUGUUUCUUCCUGGCAGACGGCAUCGAGCAGAGAAACACAUUUUAUCAUAACCUUGGAUUAGUGACGAGGCCGGGGACCAUCCUGCCCACCGAGCGCAACGACACCAUGUGCACCAAAAUCCGAGACCGGGUGCACGGUGGAUACACACCAUCACCUGCCACUGAGUGCAAGGCCGUGUCCACGUUCUGGAUCGCCAACCCUAACAACAAUCUGAUCAACAACGCAGCCGCUGGCUCACAGGAUGCAGGAAUCUGGUACAUCUUUCACAAUUCUUCCACCGGAGACUCUCACGGGCUCGUACCAGAGACCAAAGCGGAACUCACUCCGCUGGGGAUUUUCUACAACAACCGGGUUCAUUCCAACUUCAAGGCAGGUCUUUUUAUCGACAAGGGAGUGAAGACGAGCAACGCCAGCGCUGCAGAUCCUCGCGAGUAUCUCUGCCUCGACAACAACGCCAGGUUUCGUCCCCAUGAGAACUCUGACCCGACCAGGCCACGUGUGGCGGCUCUGAUUGACACACUGAUCACCUUUAAGAACAACGAUCUUGGCGCCUGGAUCCGUGGCGGUGACAUCGUCAUUAGGAACUCAGGAUUUGCAGACAACGGUGUUGGACUGUCAUUUGCAAGUGAUGGCAGCUACCCUAAAGACGUGGGCUCCAGUCAAGAGGUGUCCGAAUCUCUGUUUGUGGGCGAGAGCCGCAACCGCGGCACCAACGGAGGACAGAAUAAGUACUGGGGUGUUGGAGGAGUGGACGGCAUCCUCAGGACUCUACCCCGAAACAAGACGUUCCCCAUCCGGGGGUUUCAGAUCUUCGACGGACCCUUGCGGCUGAUGAAGAGCACUUUCAGGUCCUACACGUCGACACUGGAUCGUUUCAGCAGUGCCAUUGGCUUCAGCCUCAAAAACGCCUGGCAGCUCACGCCGAGGAACAACCUGUCUUCGCUGUCCUUCCUGCCCAGUGUGAGCCUUAGGGCGUUUUUUGGCCGUCCUGGUCAGUGGUUUGAGGAUAACGACUUAGACGGAGAUAAAAACUCGAUCUUUCACGACCUGGACGGCUCAGUGACCGGCUACCCCGACACGUAUGUGGUGAGAGCAGACAACUUCCUGCUCCAACACCGUGACUGUGUUAAAGUGCCGGAGUGGAACGGGUGUGUGUGCAGCGGCCGCUACGCUCAGGUGUACAUAAAGACACAGGGCGUGCCCAACCUGAGCUUGUCGAUCAUCAGGGACGAGUAUCCUGAUAAGCCCUUGGUGCUAAGGGGCAUUAACAGCCAGACGGCACCCUCACAGCAGUACCAGCCCGUUUUGAUGCUGAGCAAGAGUUACACGCUGCACUGGAAAAACACAGCACCGAAAGAAAUCGUCCUCUUACUCGCCAACUUUGACCCAGGAGAGUGGGCGCUCUUUGGUCUCUGCUACCCCUCAGACACGGUUUUCCAAGUGAUGUCCGACAUUUACGACCGUCAGAACAACGUGUUCGAUGGCAUGGAGGACUACGGAACCGUCUCCUCUCUGGCUGAACUGGAAAAGCGGCAGCAGGACAGGAAGUACUUUUUCGACCGGGAAACUGGUUUGCUGUGGCUGUACACUCGAGCACGGCAUCCCCGUAACGGCCACAGUUACUGCUCUAUUCGAGGCUGCGAGCGAGUGAAGAUCACCGCCACCAUGAGCAAACAAACGCACCAAACGUGUAACUUCACUACUGCUGCCAAUGCCAAGGAUCCCAGGGCGACAGUGCCCAUGCCUGCAGCCGUCACAAAGCCCUGCGACAAGUGUGGCGCCUCAAAGCUGAUCAUUUCCAGUGACCCGUGGAACAACUACCUCCAAACACAGAUCAAAUCCCUCAGUGUCGCUGAUGUGCAGAAAAACGACACGCAAGCCUUCAUCACUGUAAACAGCAAACAAUUUAACCUCAGUACAACGGGUUUCCUCGCCGUCACAGUAGACGCCUGCACUGGCAAAGUCAUCAAGAAUACGUUUUUUCUGAAGCAGGACUCCAGAAUGGCGCAAUAUUUCGCAGCAGGAAUUCCAGCACGGUCGAUUGUCCUGCUGGCCUCAAGAGGACAACCUGAUGGAUUUGCUGGUGUUGCGGCGUAUCUCAUCCCCCUGGGAGCAGCCAAAGUGGCAGAUCUGCAAGGGAAAGGGAGUCUGUCAUUUUUUGGCUUCAAAGGAGCAUUGUCGUCUCCGGCGUGGGUCUCCCUCCUGAUGAAUCAGGGUCAAGAGGUUGUGGAAAAAUAUAUCCCUCUCGCCCUAGACGAAUAUACGUGCACUCCGGACAGGGAGGAACCACAGCGCAAAGAUCUAGAACUGCUUAAGAAAGCUCUGAGUUAAAACCAUACAAUGUGAACAAGACAGAUGACCCCCACACACACACACGCACACACACACAACCCAGAGAGAGAGAAAAAAAAAAAAACGAUUGAAUGUGAACUUUAUUUAUUUAUGGCAAACAAAACACCAUGGGGGUUAUUAUUAUUAUUAUUUUUUUUAUAGAAUACACUGUGCGUUUUUAUGCGUGUGUUUUGUCUCGCUGUUGUCUCAUGUCCUCGGCACCGCGUGUUGCACUUUUAGGAAAUUCAAGCAAACUGUCAGCAGAAAAGAUUCAGAUAAACAAAGAGGACAUGGACAACCAUUUCAAAGUACAGAAAUGAACACUUCAAUGAGCCUAAACAAGUCGAAAGCGAAUAGCUGCACAGUAGACACAAGCAGGAAACCAAAACUAGUGAACAGCACUUAACCUGGAAAAAGCUAGAAGAAACACUUCACCAGUUCGAGCUCAUUAAAAAAGAGAACAUGAACCUCGGUAGUUACAGCAGGUUUCAGUUCAAUUUUGCCUCAAUCCUCAUUUAAUUCAAUGCCAAACACUAGAGGGCACAGGGAAACCUUCUAACCAUACUCUUUGAAGGUGUUUCAGUCGUGUCGUGUCUGUGGCCGGACUGUGUCUCUGGCUAGUUCCAUUCGGGAGUGCGGAUGUUCUUCAGGUUCUCGUUCCUACUCUGAGAGAUGGCGUGUGAAUGUUUGAUUGUUGUGAUCGAGGAAUGUAUUGCAGGAUAACGUUAGCAGUGUAUCUGCAACAUCCAGCUAGAGAUUGUAUUUAUUUAGUGACGUAAUUACCAAAGCUGUUCCUGCAGAUCUACUUUCUUACAGAAUUGCCUAAUCCAGUGCAGCAAAGUACAUCAGAGUUCUGCUGUCCACGCAAAUUCAAGCGGAUAUCCGACAGACGAGUGAAGAGCUGUAUAGAGCUGGCUCAGGUCGCAGGCUGUUAAUAAAUCCACAACAUGGCACAACUACAUAACGCUCACUUGUGAGGAAGUGACUUCGCAAUGGAUUGGAACAACUUUUCCUCUAACACUAGUGUUUCUCUACUGUCCACACAAACUGCUCAUCUUCCUGAAAGUCGUUGCUGUAUCUAUACUUAACGGUUCGGGUUUUGUUCGAUUCGAUCCUUUUAUUUUUUUUUAUUUAUUACUCUGUAUGUCAUUUUUCUACUCAGACAGUAUAGUAUAAAAGAAAUGCUGCUCAAAAAAAACCUUUCACACCUAAUGCAUCAUUUCAUAGUAGGACAUAGGGUGGUAUUACAGUUCAUAUCCUAAUCAUUGCCAAAGAUCUGCAGUUGGAAAAAAAAAAUUUUUUUUCAAAAGGUUUUCAUUGUGUACAGUAUUAGGAAAUGCUGACGGAAAAAUUAUCUCCAAAAUGAGGGUAUUUGAAAGUGUCCACAAUAAAUAUAUGCACUGGACUCUUUUCUCAUUAAAGAACCCCUAGACUGUCAUGUUACAGAGAAACAUCUCUGGUUGCAGCUUUACCUCCGUGCUGGCACAGAUGUCUUGUUGCAGGAAACAUCCUAGCAUACAUAUUAUACUGUUAAAUAAACAGUAUUUCACCGUUUUCUGCCCAAUUAAAUGUGAGAAUUCAGCAGCGAUAGUGUAUAAUUUAUAUAGUGUAACUGAUAAUUGGUGCAUGCCUACUUUACAGUAUUUAGAAUAUAAUACACUGUGCUGGAGCGUGAAAUCUAGCACUUUAUACAACCCAGAUUUUCAUGCCGGAUCGGAAAUAAAACCUUCUGAUGUUUUCAGUGUUCCUUUUAUCGUAAAUGAAAUGCCGACUUGUCCGUAUUGCUUUAAGAGAAAUUGCCUGUUUGCUAACCACUGUAUUGUUAAAAAUAGUUGUGUCAAUGUUUUUUUUUUUCUUUAGUUUUUUUGAUCGGUGUUAUUGUUAAAGGUAUAAAGAAGCUUGCUCCGGUUUAAGGACUUGACAUUAUAUACCAGUGCCUUUUGCCCCCUUUUCAAGUAUUACUUAUACUUUUUAAAUGUUCAAAUGCUGAGUUUGUUUUCUAUAUAAUUGCUUUUGUGCUGAAAUUUUGAUAAACAUUUAUACUUUCUCGUAAUUUUUGUAAACGCGUUUUAUUUACACUGUUUUUGGCACGGUGGGAUAUUUUAGGGUUUUGUCCCCCUAAGUAUUUAUUAGUAGAAAUGUAAUUACAGACACUUUUGAAUUUUAGAAAUGGUCUGCAUCUUUUUAUCCGAUUUAUGACCAUAUUUAGAAUAUCCAACAGUUUAGAGCCAUCCGAGGUAUGACUAGGUGUUACUAAUAAAAAGAAAAUCCUUGUAGGUGACGUGCAGAGGCCAUUGACAUUAACAAGAGUUAGCAUUUUUGGUAUAAUUUUACACAGACAUUUAUAAUACUAUUUAUUUGUAACAGAAAUUACCUAAAUAUUAUAGUACAGCUGAUAAAAAAAAAAAAAAGCCAAGGAGGAUCACUCAUCUGUGGUUGAAAUGAGUUAUAGAAAGCUCAGGUUGCUUAUCAUACAGGACAGCUUUCCUGUACUUGCAGGUCUGUUCUUAUCCAAAUGCAGCAUAUUUACAUGUCAAGAAAUGUCUCUGUUCACAGAAGGCGAGAAUAAAGUUUUCUGAAAUCUA